UUCUUAGACUGGUGUGGCAAUGCAUUAAUGCAGUACUGUCUCGGGUACUGUGCAUAAUGCGGUAGUACUGUUUAAGAGGUAGCUAUGGAGAUUUAAGGUAAGGUCAACACUUCAAUAAGCUAGAAAAAAAGCUCCACAUCCCAGACAUGGCUUCUUCAAAAUUACGGAUUGAUAACUAUACAUGGAUCCGCCCUUCCAUUCUGCUGAAAAUUGCAGUAAUUUUUUUCUACAUUUUCUUGAUCUCGUCCCCGUCUUUUUCAUCGUCGUCCGGCGAUCUGUUCGUUAACUUCUAUCAAACUUCAUGCCCUGGAGCUGAAUUUAUGGUUAGGAACACAGUGAGAGAAGCUUCAAACAAUGACCUAACAAUCCCCGGAAAAUUGCUUAGGCUGCUUUUCCAUGACUGCAUAGUGGAGGGUUGUGAUGGAUCAAUACUAUUAGAUGGAAAAGAGACAGAGAAAAGUGAUCCGGCAAAUACUUCACUCGGAGGAUUUUCAGUGGUGGCGGCAGCCAAAGAAUUGCUUGAAUUGUUUUGUCCAUCAACAGUUUCUUGUGCUGAUAUCAUUACUUUGGCUGCUAGAGAUGCUGUUGCAAUUUUUGGAGGACCUAGUGUGGAGGUUCCAACUGGAAGAAGAGAUGGAAGGGUUUCCUUAGCUUCAAAUGUGAGGCCUAACAUGGUAGACACAAGUUUCACCAUGGAUCAGAUGACUCAAUUGUUUACUUCCAAAGGCUUGUCUUUGGAUGAUCUUGUUGUUCUUUCAGGAGCGCACACGAUCGGAGCUGCCCAUUGUAAUGCAUUCAGUGAUAGAUUCCAAGAAAAUUCAAAGGGAGAGCUAACACUGGCUGACAAAGCUUUAGACAAAGUCUUUGCAUCAGAGUUAAUGAAACGAUGCCCCACGAGUGCGAGUUCAUCCGUAACUGUCAACAAUGAUCCCGGAACAUCAUUUGUGUUCGACAACCAGUACUAUAAAAAUCUUAUAGCUCAUAAGGGUUUGUUUCAGUCCGAUUCAGUUUUGUUCAGUGAUGCAAGAACAAAGAAGCUAGUGGAAGAGCUUUCUGACAAUCAAGAUACAUUUUUUCAGAAAUGGGGAGAUUCAUUUGUAAGACUUAGCAAUAUAGGAGUUAAAACAGGUGACCAAGGGGAGAUAAGAAGAUCAUGUAAUGUCAUUAACCAAUAAAUAACAUUGUGAUAUCUUACUGUUAGAUUUUCAGUUCCACAUUCUUUAGGAGUGUUACAAUUUUUGAUUUGUA